AUGUCACGAUUGCUUCUUGUAAUUCUGUUCACAUCAGCGUUCCAGCAGUGUCACCUUGGCUACUUUCGCUCAAAUGUUAUGUAUAAACGGGAGCUUGGGAACCUGGCAGCUUCGUGCAAUGACGGAUCAAGACCUGUGUAUUACUUAGGGCACCAGAAUCCCACAAAGUGGAUGAUCUUCUUGGAAAGUGGAUCUUACUGCUUGACGAAACGCCAGUGCAUUGAAAGAUUUGGUAGCAAGAUCACACACGCUUUAAUGACAUCAAAGCAUUUCCCAAACUCAAUAACAGGCCGAGAUUUGCUGUCGAGCGAUAUAAAUACCAACCAGUUGUACUACGACUUUUCUCGGGUUUUGAUUCCUUACUGUAGUAGUGAUUCCUGGCUAGGCACGCAAACAAGAUUUAACGUAUCCAGCUCAAAAGACGUAAGCACCACAAACGAAUUCAUUUUUGGUGGGAAAAUCAUUUUUCAAAGCGUGAUUUUGGAGUUAUUAGGUCACGAUUUGAAUCGCGCCCGCGAGGUUGUCUUUGUUGGAAGUAGUGCUGGAGCUAUUGGCGUAUUAAACCACGUAAAAUGGUUAAAAAAUAUUCUCCUCUCCAUGAACGCAAGCACAAAGUUGUCCGCAAUCUUUGACAGUGGAUGGUUCAUAAAUUUUCAAGAAAGCAUCACGUCAAGAAUGACAAAGGAAUUCUACAGCGUUGGACAACCUUUGUCUCGCGCAUGCGCCGAUUUUUCAUUCGGAUUCCCAUGUUGCCUGUCAGCACCUUGUAUGAUUGCACAGGGAUACUACCCUACAGACAUACCAACUUUCUUUAUUCAUAGUAUGUUUGACAUCUAUAUCGUCGGAGAAGCUGUUCGUCGGUUUACUGAUAGAGUCUUUAUGGCAGAGAAUGGAGCAUCUGAUCUUUUAACCAUGGUUGAAAUGUACGGAGGGGCGAUGAACCAGUCACUACUUGUUACUUACUCAUCAAACAUUAGCUUUUUCGUCCCGGCGUGUUUUCAACAUUCCUUCUUUAGUAUGUCGAGCUUAAGAGAAAAAGGAGGCUUGUUACAAUACAACCGACUGUUCACUCAAGGAAAUGCUGUAUUCAGGUAUGUAUCACUACAACAGAAAAAGUCCAAAAAGUGCUCUUUCAAUACUGCGUGACCUUUGCUUUUCAAAAGGCCAUUUGCAUGAUUACGUCAUUUUACUACCACGGCCAGGUUCUUCCUUCAGGUUUUUGCUUUCCUGCGCAAAUUAGGCCGUUUGCUGUGAAAACUUCAUGUGUCUUUGUUAAAACAAUGGUAUUUGGACGUCAUCAUUAUUACAAAAAUUGAAGGCCUGGGAAAUCUCCAUAAUUGACUUAAAGUUCGUGCAAGCAUUCCCGAGCAAAUUUUGCGUAUUAGGUUACCUUUUGGUGUUGAUAAAGAAUAUUGCUUUCUGGGCACCCUCAAAGGUUUUUAUUCAUCUCUUUUCAUUUUGUAAUUUCACUGCAGAACUUUCAAAAUACCCGGGAUGUGGUUAUCCUUGGCAAUACGUCGCGAGGAUGAAAACGUGCGUCUGAAUUCUACUCUCCUUAAGUGGGCCAAGUCACGUGACAGAACUGUACGGGUGACUGAUAGUUGUCUUGGACCGAUGUGUAAUCCGACGUGUCCCGAAGUAUUCGCUUUCGUAGACUCCGCUGUUCAAUGGAGCGAUUUCCUCAACGGAGUGGUCCUUUUUAUGAGUUUGGUAAUGACUGUGUUAAGUGUUAUCCUCAAGAUAGUCUUUGUGGUUAAGUUUGCUCUGCUGAAAAGAGUUCAGGAAAGAUGUCUUAAACAACAUGAAUCAGUAAAGGUAAAUAUUCGGGGAUCUGCGCUGAGUGUUUUUAACGUAAAUAAAUGUGACAUCAGCCCACGCACACAUUCUGAACCAAUGAUUACGUGACUUGCUGAAUAACAUCAUCAUCACUCCACUAUAAUCGUCAACCCAAUAGAGUUUACCCUGUCUUAAUCAACAUUAUCACUACGACAUUAACGUCAUCAUCAUCAUCAUCAUCAUUAGCAGCAUUAUCAUUAUCGUUACCACUAUCAUCAUCAUUAUCAACAUCAUCGCCACCAUCAUUAUCACCAUCAUCAUUGACAGCAUUAUCAUUAUCACUAUCAUCAUCAUUAUCAACGUCGUCACCAUCACUAUCACCAUCAUCAACAGCAGCAGGAUCUUAAUUCGCCAUUUUCGUGGUCAUCAUUAUCAUUUUCAUUACCAACAUAAUAACAUGAUUAUAAUCGCUAUCAUUGAGCGUUUGUAAUUAUUUCUUUCUCUACUGAGGGCUUUGUUGGCGAACCAGCAAUUCCCAUCAACCUUGUUUACUCAUCACCAGACGUUUCUACUCAUUAUCGAUGCUUACUUGACGCUAAAAAGACUCACCAAAACAUCGGGCAACCAAGAAAGGCCCAUGAGGACAAAGCCCAUGGAUACAUUGCUAAAGCUCAUGACACAAUCUUUUAUGGAACUGUGCAGUAUUUACGUGCAGCAUUUGGAAAAAAUAUUCAACGUCCUGAUGAUGAAAACUCUCAUGAAAGACAGUUCAAUUCAAACAACAUUCCGAGACGUAAAGAAAGUGCGGUCCCAUUAGUUAACGGUUUCAAAGAGUCGGACGAAGGUGAAACUGCAACGGAAAGUAUGGAGGUAAAAUCAAGCAGAGAUUUCCAUACCCAAGGUAUUCAUAACGCAGCAUUGAGGUUCAAUCAGGGUGAGUUUAUUGGUAUAGUUGGAAACCAAGGAACAGGAAAAACAACUUUAUUGCGGCUUCUAAGUGGACGACUAUUGUGUGGAUGCAAACAGGUAAAAGGCACAAUGAGAUUAGGGGUGUAGUUGGGAUUUUUCAGUGGGAAGGUUGUGUGUGUAUUAUGGGGGGGGAGGGGAGAGGAGGUCACUAUUUGUCACACCCAUCGUUCUUACCAUGUUGCAGAAGAAAUUUUAACUAAGUGAGCUUUCAAACUGUCUUUACUGAUUUCGGACAACCUAUAGACCUCGAGUUAGUGACCCUAAUAACGGAAAUAUGUAAAAGCGGGAAUCUAUUUAUGUUAAUUUUGUGUGGUUUAUUUUGGCCGAGAAUUUCGGAUUAUCGGUGUGUCCGUUAUUACAAGGUGUCUGCAAGGCCAGAGAUGACAAAAGUCACAGCGGAACAGUUGUCACAAAAGUUGUUUUAAAAAAUUGUCUCAAAAGCGAACGGUUGCUGAAUACCAACUGUUGAGUUGUGGCCGAAGAGUAACGCGAAAGGCAUCUGCUUGAAAAACAAAAAUUUACCGAAUAAAUGGCGGAUAUUUGCUGAGCACUUUUACUAAUAAUCCUUUUUCCUUCUGAUUCUUAAGGAACACUUGUUUAUCAACUACGAGGAGCUAGCUAAAGUCGGUGAUAGAUACAGAAAUAAAACUGUCCAACUGUCGGAGUUUACUGUGCCUUACUAUGGAAGACUUAGGUUGAGACAGUACCUCACACAUAGUGCCUUGAUGCGGAUGGCUGGGAAUGACAGCAUAGUGGUGAAACGAGUAGAGCAAGUAAUCUAUGAGGUGCGUAUCAAAGACUGACAACAAAUGAUAUAGUUAUUUUGAAAUUCACAAUAAUAGCGAAUAUUCGGCACGUUGACGUCAUCAAUGUCCAAACUCUAGGCAGUAAUGGGCUCUUAAAACGAACAUUUCUUUUAUUGGAGUUUCAGUGCUUGUCGCAUUUGUAUAAAAGGACAUGAUGUUCAAAAUUUUCAGUGCCAAAUUUUAGCAAUCUCGUUCUUUGUUUUUUGUUUUUUGCGGAUUUUUUCCUUUGUUUGUUAUCUUAUGUCCAGUCAAUUGUGAAAAAAACCUAUUCUUGAAAUUAAAAGUUGAGCGUCGACGAGUCUUCCUGAUCCAUUCUGAUUUAGGCUUAAAAUUUUAACGAAGUCUUCCUUUUGCCCAUACAAUAUUUCUAAAGGUAUUGUCCCAACUGUGCUUCAAUAUUCAUUAUCUUUUAGACGAAACUUACCACAAUGGCGGAAGAAACAAUGGAUGGGUCAUUCAAAAAGAGGUUUACUGAACUGCAGGUCUGUUUUUGCGGUUCUUUCUUUGUAAUAAAAAUCAAAUUUCUUUCGGACAAGAAUUGUUUUCUUCUGUAAUUCUGAAAAUACUUACUUUGAUUGCAGACACGUCGUAUCUGUUUAGCAACGCAUCUAGUCACCAGACCUCUCGCCAUUUUUAUAGAUGAACCAGUGGCAGGUACGUCAUAUAAAAGCGGACGUGAGUGACCCUAAGUAACAUUCCAGAAGCAAAUUCCUCUUCUAUUACUAGAGCGAGUUCUCGCCUAACCAGUGAGCGUUCCGCAGACCUGGUGUUUUGGCCAAAAUUUCUAUAUCUUGGCUAUUGAUGAAUAUAAUGGUUCUACUUAAUCUUUUCAGGCCUAAACCCUGUGUCGUCUUUGGAAAUGCUUAAUACUCUAAGAAGACUCAGCGAUAAUGGACACUUGGUGAUAAUAACAUUGAAAUCUCUUCCACCAGAAACAGCUGGGCUGUUCAAGCAAAUUGUUUUAUUAUCUGAUCACCAGGUGGGUAAAAAAUGAAAAGGAAUUUGUACCUUUAGCGUCGUUUUCAGUGGCUUGUCAGAGCGUCGCACACUUAAAAUAAACCAAUCAUAGCUCGACACGUGGCUCGACGCCGGGGGAAGAAAAGUCGAACAAAAAAAGUUAGCUCUCGCCUCUGAUUGGUCGAGAAAGUGGCGUGUAAUUUCUUAACCCAAUCAUUGAUCUUAGCGUAACAAAAGCGCUUCACUAUAGACAAAUAGAUGCCCAAUUUUUAAGUUUCAAGGUGUUUGUUACUGAUGAAUUUGGGCAGUUUCACUGAGUAUGCCUUAAGUAUAACUUGUGUGUCUACUUUAGGUGAUUUUCAGUGGGAAUCCGUCAAGCCUCUCAGAACAUUACAGCCUCUUGACGGAUGAAAAAACUGAGGACACAAAGGGAUUAGAAGGCGAGUUUCUAUCGUAGAGAUUUAUUAUACUCGAAAUUGUGUUUUUUUUUUUGCGAAUGCUUUGUUUUUUGCCGCUUUGUAUGUUUGAAUAAUCGAGUAAGACAAGAAGAUGUCUUAUGGCUCGUAGACGUCGUGCACGAUUACUCGCAAUGCCGGUUGAUGGGCCAUUUCCGAGUUACUCCAAGCCUCUGUUUCACGGCGAGGCUAAGUGCGAAGCUAUUGAUAUCAAAAUGAUUUUUCAUUUUCAUGCAAAUGUUGCGUGGGGCCUGAGCCCGAGUUGAAUCGGACAUGCGCAGUUUAGUAGACCUACCACUCGUGUAACUGUUGUGCUAGUUUAGUAAAGUGUUCCAAUGCUAGCAGUGCUAUUUGUGUUACACAAAUAACACUCAUUUCCACAGGACAAGUUUUGCAAUUAGCCUCGCCUUUGAAUUUCUGAAACUCAAAAAAUGGCCUUAUGUAUCGUGCGUCUACGCCUGACAUUUUUGCAUCAUUACAGUAGUAGAGAUAUUCGUCGUCUCUGACGUCAACCUCGUUCUUAGGUUCUCUCUUCUUCCCGUCCCCAUGGCACCCUGGGAACGAGGAGGCGUAUAAAGAUAAGACGCACUUAACGUCGCUUUUAAAAGCAGGACGUUUAGUGCGUCUGGGUGUCCACUUCUGUUUGGAAGAAGAAGAAAAUGUCCUUCCUAAUAAACUAUAUUCUCUUGGACAAUCAUAGAGAGAACUUUCAAAGGUCAAAAGAGAUGGAUAAAGUCUUUUCUUAGCCUUUCCGCUCUCAGUUGUGCUUUUCCUGGAGGCAUGGCAUACGGGACUGUUAGUGAAUUAUACACAGUUAGGCACUAGUAGACCAGUUGUGAGUUGCCAGUAUUCACCAGCUGACGUUAGGAUUUUUCAACAUUCUUCAGAAAUUGUAUUAGAAAUUCUUCAAAAUAAAAAGAUGACAGAGGCCAUGAUGACGGAAACACAUGUCCAAACUAGUGCCGAAGAAGAAAGAAUUACGCUUCCCAGCAAGAUGGAUAAAAAUGUGCUGCUAUCAAAGUCACAAAACUGGUAUGUGGGCGUUGUACUUGGUGGAAAAUACACUGAAAUACACUUUCACCUGUUUGACUACGUAGGCUUAGUCUCCAGCUAUGGGCGUCUCGAUGCCCCCGCGAUACCCUCCACCCUGGCGAAUCGAGACACCCACGCCUCAGCCUGCGAGAGCAGACGUCUACUCUCGCGGGCUACCCACGCCCUGACUAAACGCUACUCUAGUUUACUUCAUGUACUCAUAACAGAUUCUCUUGCUUUACAGCACCGAAAACAGUGGGACCUUUACGAGGUUGUUUGUAAUAGACACCAGAGAAUCGUUGUCACAUACACUAGGAAAAAGCAUGUACUUACCAAUCAUGUUUACCAUAGUUGGUCUGACUGCUGGAACUGUUUACUGGCAGGAGGAAAGGCCUGUGUUUAUUAUAACUGCCUACUGUGGUGCCUCUAUCCCCAGUCUCCUCUUGCUCGGCUCUCUCCUCGAGAAACAAAUUAACAGGAGUCUGGAGGUAAGUGAAACAACCCUUGCCUAGUCCUUGUACGGCGUCUUCCUAGGCCUUCUGGGUCAAUGCAAAUCGGUGACGUAUCCAACACAAACCAUGUGACCGAAAACGCAUAGGCCACGUGGAAAAUGAGGCUUAGAGACUAGCUUAAAACCUUGGUUAAAACAACCGACAGUAAACCGCUGCUUGGUCUGGAAACAAUUGCGGCACACAUUUGGACUCCAGUCCUGUACUUGUUUCUAAAGUGGCGAAUUCCAUGUUGGUAGCCGAUAAUCUCGUUCCCAUAUGUCCCACGGUCAUUUGCGAACCUACAGACACACGCCGGUGAGAUCUGGGUUAAAGGCUAAGUAACCAAAGGACGCUGAAAGGAGCUUGGCAACUGGUCAGUUGUAUGAAAAUUUGUUUUUGUAAUGUCCACAGAUUCUUCGACUAGAUUCGUCUGAAAACGUUGGAUAUACCCUCGAACACGUGAUUCAAACAUUUGCGACCACAACCGCCGCCUGCGUAUUUCCAGUGGUUUUGUGCUCAGUUUUAACGUUCCUGAUGGUAUUGACGUCAUAUGAUUGGUGGCGGUUUUUCCUGGUCACUGUCAUCACACUAGUAUUGAACCAAACGUGGAUUGCAGUCUAUAUGAUGAUCAUCUAUGCGAAUCCUAGCAACGCGUGUCACGCAACGCUUAUGGUGGCCAUUUUAGCAGGUUUUGCUAGUGGAUUUGUGGUGACGCAAGAACAGAUGCCUAUAGGGUUAGUGAGUUCAGUGCUUAAACUGGUAUUCUCUUCCUAGGGAGGGCUUCCCCGGAGAUGGGAAGAAAGGCCUUGGGAACGAGAGUGGGAACAAGGUUGCAGGGUCUUGCAUUGCAAUGACCUUCUAAGGGCCAUAGACAAUUUGUGUCUUUUUUUUUUGCAGAUUCAAUUUGCUGUUCUACAUCAAUCCCCAGUUGUACGGCUUCUCUGCUAUUACUAAAGUCUUGUUACGUAAUGUUCAUCUAAAGUGCGAGUUUGAAUCCGCUCUGAACUGUAUCAGUAAAGACGGCAAUGCUGUGUUGGCGAAAUUCGAGUUUGAUUCAGUGAACCCUUUUGAAUAUAUGAUGGUUAGUGGACCUUUUUUUAUCGUGCAACAGGAAACCAUGCCUGUAAUGUUCAAUUUGGCAAAUCAUGCUCAAUUAUACACUACUGUUGUGAUAGGCGAUUUACCGUGUCGUAUCACGCCUAAUUACGUCGUCUGUACGUCAUGCUGCUACAUCAAGUGCACGUUUCUAGCACAAUAUUUCACGCAACAUUCUUUUUGUUGCCAGAGACAAUUUUUUUUCUUGUUAACUCACAUGUGGUACUCAUACAUCAUAGUUGAAGAUAAUUAUUGAAAAACCUCUGUUACAUAGUUUGGGUUUGUUUCUUUUAGAUUAUGCUGUGCUUCACUUGGCUAUGUCUACUUUUGUCCUGGUUUCUCUGUAACAGAAAAGUAUCGCGAUGGCGCCGCUUAGCCAACGAACCGUAA